GGUCUUCUGUGCGUGCGUUUAAGGAGUUCCCUAAUGUGAACAUAAACGAUGUCCGUCGCAUAACCAGAUAUUUUGUUACUUUUCCGAGUGCUGCCACUUCACAUUCAAGACAGAUUAUUCCAAGCGAAGCUGUAUUCACAAGAUUGUGAGAAAAAUGACCAACCAGUCUAUGCAUGUCAAUAUUGACAAGUGGAUUGCUGAGAAUGAGACUUCAUUCCUACCGCCUGUAUGCAACAAAUUAAUGUUUUUUUAUCAGUUGAAUAUUAUGUAUGUUGGUGGUCCAAAUGUGAGGAGAGAUUAUCACAUUGAGGAAGGAGAAGAGCUUUUUUACCAGGUGAGGGGUGACAUGGUUUUGAAGGUGAUAGAGAAUGGCAAACAUAAAGAUGUGCAUAUUCGAGAAGGUGAGAUGUUCCUGCUUCCAGCACGAAUUCCCCAUUCUCCUCAGAGACAGGCAAAUACUGUAGGGCUGGUGGUAGAGCGGAGGAGACUUCACAAAGAAACAGAUGGCCUUAGAUACUUUGUGGCUAAUAGUACGGAAGUCUUGUUUGAGCGUUGGUUCUACUGUGAAAAUCUUGGAACCCAACUUGUUCCCAUCAUCAAAGAGUUUAUGGAUUCCAAAGAGAAUGAAACAGGAAAACCUGAUCCAGCGAAUCCCAUCAAGCCAGCACCAUACCCGCUCAACACAAUGAAUGUGAUGACACCAUUCAGCUUCAGAGAGUGGGUGGAAAAGCAGAAGCCUGUCCUUGCCAGUGGCUGUCCAGUGGAUAUGUUUGGAGCACAGUUUGAGACUGAGACACUGCUGUUUGGAUCUGGAACAUCUGCAUAUAGAAGACAAACUGAUGGCUGGAUCUGGCAGCUGGAAGGAUUGUCCAGCGUCUUCAUGAAUGACAAAGAGUACAGCAUGUCUGCAGGGGAUUGUCUUCUUAUUUUUGGAGAGACAGAGUAUAAAUGGAAGCGGUCACAGGAUUGUGUUGCUUUGUAUAUUGCUCAAGACCCAGACAGGAAGAGACCCUACUGAGACACCUAAAUGGAUGAGAACAUUUGUUUCGGACCCACAACAAUCAUCAAAUUCACACAUUAUUAGACAAAUUAACAUGUUAAGUGACAAUUCUUGGGUGAAAUUUAACAUUAGUGGUCAUUGGGGUCAAAUUUAACAUUAUGAAUUAAGGAUGAUGACCAGUGACACAAUGGAUUUUAACUUUUUACACACCACUGAUUUUUCAAUAGAAUUUUGUAUAAUAUAAUAUAAUCAUUUAUAUAUAAUAAUAUAUUUAAAUAUAGGCACAGUGGGUAGCACGAUCGCCUCACAGCAAGAAGGUCACUGAUUCAAGCCUCGGCUAGGUCAGUUGGCAUUUUCUCCCAGUGUUUAUGUUGGUUUCCUCCGGGUACUCCGGUUUCCCCCACAGUUCUAAGACAUGUGGUACAGGUGAAUUGGGUUAGCUAAAUUGUCCGUAGUGUUUGUGUGUGAAUGAGUGUGUAUGGAUGUUUCCCAGUGAUGGGUUACACCUGGAAGGGCAUCCGCUGCAUAAAACAUAUGCUGAAUAAGUUGGCCGUUCAUUCCACUGUGGCGACCCCAGAUUAAUAAAGGGACUAAGUCGACAAGAAAAUUAAUGAAUAAUUCAAUAUAAUUUUUGUGUAACAAAACAGAAUAAAAUGAAUAUUAUUUGAA